CGGCGGCGGCAGCGGCAGCGGCGGCUCCGCUAUGUCGGCGGCCGGGAGGGAGGCCAGUAGUUUUAGAGUAGACACCCGCCCUUACCCAAGAGAAGAUGCCAAUAAGAAUGAGCAGAAAAGGGCUGGACUUUUUACAGAUCAUUUUUGUCAAAUAUGUGGAGUGGUGCUGCAGAACAGAGCACAAAGGAAUUCACAUUAUAAGAGUCAAAGACAUGUUCAAAAUGUUAUAUUUUACUUUCAAGUGCAUAGGGAACAAAGUGCACUAUACAGUAAGAAAAUGAAGAGGCAUGUUAGGAAUUCUCAGGCACAUGAGAGUGGACUACUGGACAGAAACAAACAUUGUAAUCUCUGCAACAUGAAUUUCAACUCUGCAAUCGUUGCUCAGUCUCACUAUGUGGGAAAGGUUCAUGCUAAAAAACUGAAGCAAUUAAGAGAGAAACGUAAUCAGGUACCUCCAUCAGCAUUUCAGCCAGAGAGAGCAGUUAAUAGGAGAACCUAUUUUUGCCAGAUUUGUAAACUCACCUUUACAUCUUUAGAUAUGUUCCGGAAGCACACACAGAGAAGUGGGCAUCAGAUUAAAGACUCUCUUGCCAUCAAUCUAGUGAAGAAUACAAAGAGACAAGAUGGUUACCAAAAUGAACGUGCAAAUUACAUCAAAUUUCAGAAAUACAGGAAAUUACAGUCCAAGACUCAUUUCCGAAGAAUGGAAGAAAACCCUUUGGAAGCUCUUAGGUCCAGGAGAAUGGUUGAUUCCAGAGUUAGUAAUAAAAUACUUGAACACAGAUUCCCAUUUGAUACUUGCCAGCUAAACCCAGGACUGUACAAUAAGUCACAAGCAGUAGGAAACCAGUUACCUUAUUACUCACCAGCUCAUUCAGAGAAGACACAUGACUCUUUCCAAGAUGAACUUGAAGACUAUAUCAAAGUGCAGAGAGCUAGAGGGCUACAUCCACAGACUUGUUUUAGAAAGAUGAAAGAAAAUACAGUGGACUUUGGCCACAGAGAAAUGUUUGAUUUUGGACCCAGACGAAAAACGUGUCAGCAAAGUUCUUCAUUUGAGACUUUCCAUACCUCCCAACAGCCAUACAGUAGCUCCCUGGAGGAGGGUCUCUUACCUCAUUGGUUACCAGCUCAUUCACAGAGGACAUAUAAGUCUUUUGAAGAUGAGCUUCAUGAUUACAUCCAACUGCAGAAAGCGAGAGGAUUACAGCCAAAGUCCUGUUUCAGAAAGACAGUCAGUAGCUCUGGGGAAACUCCCAGGUACACAGAAAGGUCUGACAGUGGACCCAGAUAUAAAAUGUUUGAGCAAAGACUCCCAGCUGAAAGCUACCAGAGCUACACAAGCCCAUACCGUAGUUCCCAAGCAGUGGAAAACCAGUUUCUUCAUUGUUUACCAGUUCAUGGCAGCAAACAGACCCUUGUGAGCUAUCAAUUCACUAGAGGCUAUUUUCCAGAAAAACCAGUACCUCUGAGCUUUAGUCAUCAGGAAAAUAAGUCUGUCCCGUACAGUUCAGAAUGCAAAGUUUACAAGCACUUCUCUUCAAAAAUCCAUACUAGUGACCCUCAAGAAAGUUAUAAAUGGCAACAUCAGAAGAGACAACGGCAUGUGGAGAAAGGCAAAGAAAGACCAGAGAAGGAGCAGUCCAAGCAUAAAAGGAAAAAGAGUAAUGAAGAUACGGAUUUAGACAAAGACAAGAACAUCCACGAAAGUAAAAAGAAGGAAGAAAAAAUCAAGGUCAGUUCGGGAAAGCUUAAGCAUCGAAAAAAGAAAAAAAGCCAUGAUGUAACUUCUGAAAAACAACCUAAGCACAAGAAAGAGAAGAAGAAACGUGUUGAGGAAAGGACUGUAGAGGAAAUUCUUUGGGAUGAGUCAAUUCUUGGAUUCUGAACUUUCAGUUUAUCCAAGGAUUAUAAAAAGGAAACAGGAUAAAGUUAGAUAAAGACAGGAGCAUCCAACAAAAAAGGAGUGAUAGAUAGUGUUCGACUGGGAAAACUUGGUUGUGUGUGUGUGUGUGUGUGUGUGUGUGUGUAAAACUUUAACUGAAAGAUGAAACAAAAAGCCUAAAUCUAG